AUGUCAUCUUCAGGCUUCAAGAAAAACGAAUCAGCAGUAGCGUCGGACUCCGAGUUCGACGACAGCACCCACGAGGUGCCUCCCAACCCACCAAUCCGCAGGUCGUCGUCGUUGUUUUCGUUGUCGUCCAAGGACUUGCUCCCCAAGCCCGAGCAGAAGGAGUACGUGGCAUUCAUAGAGGACAACAGGCACUUCUCGUUGAUUAGAAACCUCCACAUGGCCGACUUCAUCACCUUGUUGAAUGGAUUCUCGGGAUUCUACUCCAUCGUGUCGUGCUUGAGAUUCACCUUGACAGGAAAGAGCCACUACGUGCAAAGAGCCCACUUCUUCAUCUGCUUGGGGUUGUUCUUUGACUUUUUCGACGGCAGAGUCGCCAGAUUGAGAAACAAGUCCUCAUUGAUGGGCCAGGAGCUCGACUCGUUGGCCGACUUGAUUUCGUUCAGUGUCAGUCCUGCCACCAUCGCGUUUGCCAUUGGGUUCCAGUCCACCGUGGAUGUGUUGAUCUUGACUUUCUGGGUAUUGUGUGGCUUGACCCGUUUGGCCAGAUUUAACAUCUCUGCCAACAACAUCCCCAAGGACAAGUCCGGUAAGUCCCAGUACUUCGAGGGAUUACCUGUGCCUAGCAACUUGGUGUGGGUGGGCUUCAUGGCCACCUUGGUGUUCAAGGAUUUGAUCUUGGACGACUUGCCUGGAGGCUACUUGUUCCAAGGCACAGUGUUCGAGUUCCACGCCAUUGCCAUUGGUUUCUUCUUGCAAGGAUGUGCCGAGAUCUCCAAGUCUUUGAGAAUCCCUAAGCCAUAG